AUGGAAAGAGGAAAAGAAAAGUCAUCUACCUUAAGACCAUCUAGCUUAAAUCCUCCAUCUGCGGACAUGCCAUCAACUUCUCCAAACAUCCCAAUGCACGGUUAUUAUGGACCCCCAUCCGCGGACAUACUAUCAACUUCUCCAAACACCCCAAUGCACGGUUACUAUGGACCAGUGCCUACGUGGUUACCAGGCAUAGAAGGCCAGUUGUCUCCCAGCAAUACCUCUGUUACAAGCAAAUUUCUGGGUACGGAGGAUAAUAGACCCUUUGUUGGUCAAACUGAAUCGCCAGCUAUAUCUUCUGAUGUUGAAGAAAUUCAUCCUGAUAGACUAGAUGCAGAAGAAAUCGAGUGUGGUAGUGCAGGAACAUCAGAGAAAGUGGAAAUGGAUGGUGAUGAUGAGCCAGUUUCGGAGAUGAUGUUUAAUUCCUUAGAAGAUUUAAUGAGUUAUUAUAAGGAAUAUGGGAAGAAACGCGGGUUUGGGGUGAUGACAAAAAGGAGUGAGAGGGGAGAGGAUCAUACUGUUAGAUAUGUCACUCUUGCCUGUGCCCGUGGAGGGAAGGCCCGGAAUAAGACUAUAAAUGUCGCCAACCCACAGCCGACAGGAAAGACGGAAUGUAAGGCAAAAAUUAAUGCCUUAAAAGUUGCUGAUGGAAAGUUUCGGCUGACUACAGUUCACAAUAUCCACAACCACGGCCUCAGUCCAAAGAAAUCUCGCUUCUUUCGAUGUAAUAGAGAAGUGAGUGAAUCUGUUAAAAGGGUCCUAGACACGAAUGAUUUAGCCGGCAUCCGAAUGAAUAAGAGUUUCGGGUCUCUUGUUGUUGGUGUGGAAGGUUUUGAGAACCUCCCGUUUUUGGAAAAGGAUUGUCGUAACUACAUUAACAAGGCACAACAUCUACGAUUGAUCGCAGGUGGUGCUGGAGCGUUUCAAGACUACUUUUUACGUAUGCAGUUUAAAAAUUCGGGGUUCUUUGCACUAAUGGACUUGGAUGAUGAAUGGAGGUUAAAAAAUAUAUUCUGGGCAGACCCCCGUAGUAGAGCAGCCUACCAAUAUUUCGGAGAUGUCGUAACCUUCGACACCACAUACUUGACGAACCGAUAUGGGAUGCCCUUUGCGCCAUUUGUUGGUUGUAUGGAUGGUAUAGCGCCGAAGGUUAUUAUCACUGACCAAGACAGAGCCAUGAAAAAUGUAAUUGCAAUAGUUUUCCCAGAAAGCCGACAUAGAUUUUGCCUGUGGCAUAUCUUGAAGAAAGUCCUUGAAAAGCUUGGUUGUUAUGGUUCUUACAAGAAUGGAAUGAAAACUAUAUUGAUGAAAUGUAGUUUAUACACUGAGCGUGAGCAUUGGGUACCGGCAUUCUUGAAGAUGGUUUUUUGGGCUGGAAUGAGUACAACGCAGCGUAGCGAGAGUAUGAAUGCCUUCUUUGAUGGUUAUGUUCAUGCUAAGACAAACUUGAAAGAGUUUGUUGAUCAAUAUGAUAAUGCCUUGAAAAAAAAGAUUGAGAACGAAAAUGCCGCAGACUUCCAGUCAUUUAAUGUCACAAUUCCUUGCAUUUCUAGAUCUCCAAUUGAAAAGAAAUACCAAGAUUUAUACACAAAUGCUAAAUUCAGGGAAGUUCAGCACCAACUUACUAGUAUUAUCGAUUUGGAUCCAGUUUUACUUAAGUCGGAUGUCCAUGGUAAGAUCUAUCUGGUAGAGGAUGAAGUUCGUGUCGAAGAGUUCACUAAACUGGUUACAUAUUCAGUGAAUUUUUAUGAGGACGAUGCAGUCGCCAAGUGUUCUUGUGGUUUAUUUGAAAUGAAGGGGAUAGUGUGCCGGCACAUCUUCGCCGUCUUCAAAUGUAACGGGAUUAAGAUAAUACCAUAUAGGUACAUUUUGGAUCGAUGGAGAAAAGACAUCAAAAGAAGAUACAUGUUAAUCCACAACAGCUAUGACGCAGGGGAUCAACAGGAGGAUGCUAAUAGAUAUUCAACGGACCAAGAACCUCCAUCGAUGACCGAAAAAUGUUUAAAUGUUGAUGGCACGACAAAGGAUACAACUACAAUUGGUAGUUCAACAAAAGUACUCAGUCCACGUGUUGUCCGAGGAAAAGGCAGACCCCCAUCUCUGAGAAGAGCAUUCAGGAUGGAGAGAGACCUGCAGAAAGUUAAGGAGAAGACGAAGAAAGCUGCAGGAAAAGAAAAACGCAAACAGCGAGAUGGGGAAGAUACACCAGUCGGGGACACUUGCAGGAGGCUAUUUGGCCCUUCCGAUUUGGACUUUUCCAAUGUUGGACACGCGAGGACUUCCUUUUACCUUGCUGGUGUUGCAAAAAGCUGUAAAGAUGCUGGUCUUGUGGCUUCAAGCAUGGGUGUCGGUGGAUGCUGGUGGUUUCUUUUGGUGUUAUCUGUAAGCUUAUUUUGGACUGGUGCAUAUAGUGGGAAGAAACUUCUCCAGGAUGUUUAA